AUGUUCAUAUCCCCGAUUGCUGGUAUCGUUUUGAAUAUGCUGAUCGGGUUGAAGUUGUUGACCAUGAGCUUCCGGACCGAACGAGCCAUGCUCAUCGUUGGCAUGCAAGCAGUGAUGACGCUGAUCAUCGUCUCAUUGGAAACAUCGCUUCUUGAGCUUCAAGUUGGCCUGGGAGGGUCGGGAUCGCACGAGGCUCAACGCGGUGCACUGGACCGGCCCCAACCCCCGCCCCUCUGUUACCCACGGUUUCGAGCAUCCACAGCGGCUGGCACAGCCCCUUCUUUGCACAUCUUUGUCUCCGAAACAGUUGAUUAA